AUGGCUACAUGUGCUAUUGAAGAUUUAGUAUUAAGACCAAUAUAUUGUCAGACAACAAAUACAAUGAAAAAAGUACAAUCAUCGUCAUUUGAAAAAAACAAUCAACAAUGUCCAGUAAAUUUUCAUAUGAACUGUAUCCAAAUGGAUUCAACAACAUCAUUAAGAAAUUCUGAAUCAACGAAAAAACGAUUGUUGAAUCGAAGUAAUACAUACAAUGCUCAAACAACACGACUUCGUCCAACAACGUUGUUUUCAAGAGAUUCAACGUCUAGACGGCCUAUUCCACUUUUUCGAACAUGUUUCAGUCAUCCAUCGACAUCACCUAAUACUGUCAUUCCAAUUGAUAACAGCGAAUUUUCACCUGCUAAAUUUACUUCAUUACCUGUACUUACAUCUCCACCGACUAAACGUCUUCGAUCACCAACAUUAAGCUUGGUAUCGAAAAAUAUUUCUAUUCCUAAUAUAUCUGAAACAGUUUCUACAUUAUUUUCAUCUACAUCAUCAUCAUCUAUUAGUUUUAUUGAUUCAUCUGAAUUAGUUAAUAAAUUAAAAGAAAAUUUUCAAAUAAUUAUUUUCGAUUGUGGUUCACCAAUUCGUUAUAGUGAAAAUCAUAUUUGUAAUUCUAAUUUACUUCGUGUUUCUGAUAGAAUUUCUCGUAAACGUUUAAAAACAAAUCCAACAAAAUAUUCAACUAUUGAUCUAAAACAAUUAAAUGAAUAUGACUUUGUUAUUCUUUAUGAUGAUCACAGUGAUAAUCAUCAUGAAUUAUCCCCAGGAUUAAAAUGUGCAUGUGAAGAAAUUCAACGUUUUUUUACAACAACAAAACAUCCUGAAAUAUUAGUUCUUAAAAAUUCAUUUGAUGAUUUUUUAAAUCUUUAUCCACAUCUGUGUAAAUCAUUUCAAUCACAUUCAUCAUCAUCAAUAAAUGAUUCAUCAUUACAAUCAACACCUAUUUUACCAAAUUUAGAUGUUCAAAACUAUCCAAUGACACAUAUUAUCGAUGGAGUAUUUAUUGGUAGUGAAUCAAAUGCUAAAAAUAUCGACGAACUAUUUUCGGAACAAAUUCGACAUAUUAUUAAUGUAACAUCUCAUGUACCAUCCUAUCAUUUGGAUCAAUUUCAUUAUUAUCAUAUACCAGCUGAUGAUACACAUAAACAAAAUCUAUUAGACUAUUUUGAUCAAGCAUAUACAUUUAUAUAUAAUGCUAUUGAAAAUCAUGAAAAAGUUCUUGUUCAUUGUGUUGCUGGAAUUAGUCGAUCGCCAGCUAUAGUUAUUGGUUUUUUAAUGCGUUAUGCACAUAUGAAUAUGGAUGAUGCUUACGAAUUUGUAAAACAAAAACGUUCAAUUGUUUCACCAAAUUUAAAUUUUAUGGGACAACUACUUCAAUAUGAAAAAAACUUAAGAGAACAAAAAUAG